AUGGACGACGAGGACCUAAGCGCGGGCCUGCAAGACGUGAAGCUCGAUCUCUCCGAGUCGGACGCCGACGAUUCCGAUCUCGUGGACACUGCGCGGAUCAAGCGGCGCACCAGCCUCCUUUCCCGGGAGGACCUCGACAAGCGACCACAGGGCUGGCAGUGCAGCGCGGAGGACUUCCACCGAAUGCUCGCCGAUGAACGCGGGCCUUUCGUUGAUAUGCUGCACUACUAUAGGCAGGCGUUCGCGCGUCGCUACUCCACGAGCCGACACUCGAACUCGGCCCUCUCCGCAGCCGUGAGCGACGUGAAGCUCUUCAUCAAGUUCCUCCUCGACUUCCUCGUCAACCUCGCCGACGACCUGUCUUUCUUCGAAAUGAAGGCACGGCCUUAUUAUUUCCUCUGUGAGGUGAUUUUCCCGCUGCUCCACGACAUUCUGUUCGAGCGCAUCAAGGCCAACCACACCCACAAGAACAACUUCGUCUCCAAGAAGAUGGCCUCCUUCCAGCACCUCACCCUCGAGGACCUGGGCGCCCCGGAGGAGUGGCGGCUGAAGGGAGUGUCGCAGCCCUACGCGCCGCAGAUCGAGGCCCUCAAGCAGCUGCCCCGCUUGCCCUCGCCCUACCUCAAGGCCCGCUUGCUCCAGGAGGUGUUCGACGAUGUUGUCGCAGAAGCCGAUCAGCACCAUCGCGGAAAGGUCAAACUUGUGGCCGGCUUCGAUGACACGAUCGCGGUCAUCCAGUACCUGCUGCUCAAGGCGCAGAUCCCGCACAUCUACUCGGAGUACUACUUCAUGGACGUUUUCCUCGAAGAAACCACCAACGACGAGCUGGCGCUGCGCUUCGUGCUGGGCAAGCUGGGCGGCUUCAUUCAGAUGAUGUUCGAGGACAACAUGGAGGUGCCCAUCGGUUCGGUGAAGGACGCGCUCAUCGAAGCCGUGGCCGAGCGGGAGUGCCCGGAGGACACGGCCCUCAUCGCUUCUAUCUUCUCCCACAUCGCCGAGGUGGUGGACAAGGACCACUCGCCCUGCCUCGUGCCUCGAAAGAUCCGCGAGGAGCUGCAGAAGGCCGUAGCCGCCGAACGCCAGCGACCCGCCAAAACGAGCCCAAUGAUGUCGCCAGCCUUCUCGCCGGGCACGCCGCGACGCUACGGACCGACGGCCGCCAACAACAUAGGCAGAGUGUUCCAGGGCGGCGCCAACGAGAUCGUGAUCGGCUCCAAAUCCCGAGAGGCCACUAUGACCCCCGGCGGCGGCGGCGAAGCGGGCGGAGGAUAG